UUAAUGUGAUUAUCAGUCUUGAACGUCUUUGACUUAUUAAGGUGUUGAAACCAAUUAAGGGUUACAUGCUGCUCAUGCUUCCAAAUGUGAAAACAGUGAAUACUGCUUAAAGAUCCAUGAAAUAAGAACCAGCCUGCACCUAUUGUUCGGUAGUCGACCGGCUACAUUGCCUGAUGAUGUUUUGAGACUUGCCAGGUGAUGAUUUUAAUUACAGGAACUUGCUGCAUGUUGCAGAUUAACCUGAAGGAGCACAGGGUUAUUUAUGUUUAGUUUGAUGUGCAGCUGUGGAUUACAGUCCAUACAUGAAGUAUAAUCUUACAUUAUUCAGAAUUCAGUGAAAUGUGCUUUCAUAUGCAGGUAUUUCCACAUGACCAGAAACAAUUUCUACAUGUUUUAUAGAUGUCAGAGUUGGAAUGAUGAUCAGGAACUCAGCCGGCAGUGAGUAUUGAGCAGUAACUUCUUGAAAACAUAGACUGAAUCAUUGUUCUUAUUACACAGUAAAUGGACCUGCUGUGUCACUGAACGUGACAGUAUCUCUGGUUCAUGGAGGACCACAGUCAUGAUCCAACAGCUCUGCAUUCGCUGAUAGCGCCUAGUCACAUUUCAGUCCCAGCAUUCCCUCUGUCCUCAUACCGCAGCUUUUCAUACCUGCACAUGUCCAAAAAGUGCAGCCUCUGACCUAACAAAUGAGGCAGCGCCAGCCGUCAGGCUUUGAGGAAGUCAGCGAGCAUUGCAGCAAUCCAUAUAAUGGCCGUGAAGACACAGCAGGCCACAGUGCUCCUGCCCAAAGUUCCUCCUUUUGCAACCAACUGCCUGAAUGUCUUGCUUCUUAGGAGAUAAGGGCAGCCUCCCACGAAAGGUGACUCAGCAAUCCAGCAAACAUACAGCCUCUCCUGAGAUAAGAGUGCUGUGUGGGGCCUGGGGACUGUAGGAUACUGGGAAAAACAGUCAUAAGCAGAGAAAACACUGGAAGGCAAAUUAAAAGAAUUUAACAACCACUUCUGGGAAACUGAAAAACUCCAGUAACUUAAUCAGCAGUGAAAUUUACUGCAUAGAAAGGGGAAAAACCUCUUCCAGUGAUUAGAAAUACAGUCAUUACAGCAAAAAUCUUCCCUACAAGAGAUUCAUAUGAGAUAGUAAUGACAGGAGAAUGAGCGGUGAGUUAUUUUAGCCAAACUAGAGGUGUAACUCAUUAUUUAUUUAAAAUUUCUAUCAAUAUUAAUCCACAAUUUAUAUUUAUUUUACUAAUUUCAGACAUUAUAUGGGCACCCUUCACUCUAUUUAACUGCACAAUUGUGCAGGAGACUGACACUUCAAAUUGGCAUUGGCAGUAUAAUAAAAUUGGAAAGUAGUUAUUAAACAUCUGAAAGGGGUCCGUAUAGUAAUGGGUGGCUGCUGCUGUGCUGUAGCUGAGUGCACUGUCCUUACGUUAUGUUCAUACAAACAGCAUGAAUGAUGACAGAAGGGCAGUAGGUGAAUUAUUUCACCCCAUCUCCUUGUAUGUGCUGCAGACAAUUGUGGAAACGGUUUGCUAAUUUACAUUCAGUGUUGUGUAUUUCAGUUUCAAGUCACUUCCAAGUAGUUGUGAAUUUAGAUGAGUGACUCUGCCGCAAAGUGUCCAGUGUUAAAGUUAAAAAAGUGGCUUGCAGAGAUGAUACUAAUGACUGCAGCUGAAACUAAAAAAAAUAUGUAAUGGGUUUCCAGAGUCAGUGUUAUGCAUAGUGCUGGUUUGUACACUCCUGCGCAGUAAACCACAGGGAAAGCCACAUUUCAGUGAAUAUAAUGCGUAUCUGCAAAUGAUCUUCUGCAGGACUGUGAGAAUGCUCAAUAUACAUGCAUCUUAAAACAGAAAGUAAAAAACAUGUUGAAAAAAAAAAAAAUUAUAAUCCUGAUUCUGGACACCUGCUGAUGUGAUGAGGCAGGACCAGGAGACUUUAACACUGAGGGGGCAAACACAGAACAGAGAGAGCAGUCAAAUGGAUGAAACAUUAAAGAGAAAAUGAGAAAAAAAAAAACCUCAUUAAAUGAGAAAGAAAAGAGUUGUGUUAAUUUCAUGGACUGCUUCAGCGUGCCAGAACAGGUGACAGAAGGGGAGCUGUCCAAUAUGCAAGUGAGGAGUCCCCCCCAUCAGCUUCCUCGGUGAGAAUGAAAUAAAUAAACAAUGAAUGGUCCACUCUCCUCGCGCGCCUCAUCCCAUCUCAUGCAUGGCUGCCAGUAAUGGUCUACUGGGUGUCAGCUUUUAUUGGCACGGCACAAAGCAAGUGCCAAGGGCUCCGUGGCUCGACUCCCCGCUGCAGACUCGGCCUGUGGAUAAAAGCAAGCAAAAUGCUUCAGCCGAGCUCAGAGACAUAGUCAUGUUGGGCUGGAACGAGGAAGUGCAGUGGAGAGGGGAGGGACUCAGGGCGCAGCUCCAUGGGGCCGCCGCGGCGCUGCGACCUUCUGCACAUGGAGCCGGGGAGAGUUGGAAGAACUUCAUACUGCAAACUCAAGGAAUAGCAGAGUACUUGCACCGCAUGGAGACAGAGGAGGCCCAGGAAAUGGCCCAGAUGCCAGGCAGGGACAGCCCCCCUGCCAAUGAAGCAUCGGAAGAGGCAGAGGAGCCCAUGGCCGUCCCAGAGGACCUGUCAGCCAGCUCCACCCACCAGCAGAACAACAGAGGGGACAAAGCCUGUAACAUUAAAGUUGAGGCUCGCAGUGAUGAGGAGAAUGGGCUGGCCUGUGACAUGAAUGGUGUGGAGGAGGAGGAGUGCGCGGAAGACUUGCGCGUGAUCGAUUCCUCGGGCGCCAAGGUGAACGGCUCACAGCCGAGCCCCGAAGCCAAGGCCUUCUCCUCUGCCGGCGGUAUCCGGCUGCCCAACGGGAAGCUCAAGUGCGAUAUCUGUGGGAUAAUUUGCAUUGGCCCCAAUGUGUUGAUGGUGCACAAGCGAAGCCACACUGGAGAACGUCCUUUCCAGUGCAGCCAGUGCGGUGCUUCUUUCACCCAGAAGGGUAACCUGCUGCGUCACAUCAAGCUCCAUUCAGGGGAGAAACCCUUCAAGUGUCACCUGUGCAACUACGCCUGUCGCAGGAGGGAUGCCCUCACAGGCCACUUACGCACCCACUCGGUUGGAAAACCCCACAAGUGUGCUUACUGUGGGCGGAGUUACAAGCAGCGCAGCUCUCUCGAGGAGCACAAGGAGAGGUGUCACAACUAUCUCCAGUGCAUGGGGCUGCAGAACAGCAUCUACACAGUAGUAAAGGAAGAAAGCAACCAGAAUGAACAGAGGGAAGACUUAAGCCAGACGGGAUCUGACAGAGCCUUGGUGCUAGACAGACUAGCUAAUAAUGUAGCUAAACGUAAGAGCACUAUGCCACAGAAGUUUGUGGGUGACAAGCGUCUGUCGGAUCUCUCCUACGACGGAGGAGCAGGCGAGCUGAUUCAGCCCCAUGUCAUCGACCAGGCCAUCAACAGCGCUAUCAGCUACCUGGGUGCUGAGUCUCUCCGGCCACUGGUCCAGACCUCCCCAGCCUCCUCUUCUGAUGUGGGCCUCAGCUCGAUGUACCCGCUGCACAAGCCGGGGUCCGAGGGCCACACAGGGACGGGCCACAGUCUGUCGGCCAAAGACAGUGCAGCUGAGAACCUGCUGCUGCUCUCCAAGUCCAAGUCUGCCUCCAGCGAGAAGGACGGCUCGCCCAGCCACAGUGGCCAGGACUCCACAGACACCGAGAGCAACAACGAGGACCGGCCUGGCGGGGCGGCGACCAGCCUCAUCUACCUGACCAACCACAUCACUUCAGGGGUGAGGAACGGCGUGCUGCCCCUGGUGAAGGAGGAGCAGCAGAGGCAGUAUGAGGCCAUCCGGGCCAGCAUGGAGAUGGCCUCCGAGGGCUUCAAGGUGGUGACGGCAGACGGGGAGCAGGUGAGGGCGUACCGGUGUGAACACUGCCGCGUCCUCUUCCUGGACCACGUCAUGUACACCAUUCACAUGGGCUGCCACGGCUUCAGAGACCCCUUCGUGUGCAACAUCUGCGGUCACCGAGGUCAAGACCGAUACGAGUUCUCCUCUCACAUGACACGAGGGGAGCACCACUACUGAGCCCCGGCCACCAGAGAACACACACUUUCACACAGACAAACAGCACAUGGAACACACACACACACACACACACACACACACACACACACACACACACACACACACACACACAUUCAUUAAUAGACAUGCACAUGAAAUAAAUGCAUAGAAAAACAUGAUGUAAAAUACACUGUUGAUGUCUGAAAGUUGUGUUUUUUAUACAAAGUAUGCAUGUUUGUUGAAUACAGAUAAAUGUAUACAACUAUUAAAAUUAAAAUCCAUUCAUUACUUCAGUUUAUACCAAGAGGAAGAUUAACUCACAUGUCAUUUUUAAAGACAGAAGAUAAUGUUCAGUGCAGACAAGAUGUCAGAGUUACGGUGCCUCAGUACUGCCACAUCCUACAUAGCGUUCAUUAUUUGCAGUUGUUACUUGUAUAGAAUGUAUAAAGCUGUCUCCUUCUUCAUGGUAAACCAGGCUACAACUUUUUUUUUUUCUAAAAAAAAAAAUCCAUCUUUAGAUUUUCAAAUCUCUGUGCCAAAGUGUCUGAAAUGUCAAUAAAAUAUUAUUUUCAGCAGUUGUUCUCAGUGCAGGCAAACCCAUUUUAAUAUUAGUAUUAAAUACAAUAAAUAAAAAAAA